CACCGGCUGGGGUCGCCCCGCGCGCGGCUCCCCGGCAGCUCCGGCCGCGGGUCGUCUUUCGUCAGUGGCAGUCGACUCCGCCAGGUUCAGAGCAUCCUGACCCAGAGCAGCAAGUCUCAGCCUGAUGGAAUCCUCUGCAUCCUAGGAAUUGAUAGCAGGUACAAUGAAGGCUGCCGAGAGCUGGCAAAUUAUCUUCUGUUUGGUUUAUAUAAUCAGAAUACCAGUGACUUUGAGAAAACGGGAUUUUCUGAAGAAGUUUUAGAUGAUGUGAUUAUAUUGAUUAAAUCAGAUAGUGUCCAUCUGUACUGUAACCCUGUCAACUAUCGCUAUCUGUUACCCUAUGUGGCACAUUGGAGAAAUCUGCAUUUCCACUGCAUGACUGAAAAUGAGUAUGAAGAUGAGGAAGCUGCAGAAGAAUUUAAAAUUUCCAGCUUUGUGGACAUGGUUCGAGACUGUAGUAAAAUUGGCAUUCCUUAUAGCUCCCAAGGUCACUUACAGAUAUUUGAUAUGUUUGUGGUGGAGAAAUGGCCAAUUGUACAGGCCUUUGCACUUGAGGGCAUUGGAGGGGAUGGAUUUUUUACCAUGAAAUAUGAGUUGCAAGAUGUGAGUUUGAAUCUGUGGAAUGUUUACAGCAAGAUGGAUCCUAUGUCUCUGGAAAAUUUGCUUUCAGAAGAUUUGGUGGCUUUUGAGCAUCAAUGGACUAGCUUCUUUGCUAAUUUUGACACAGAAAUUCCUUUUCUACUGGAACUUUCAGAAUCUCAAGCGGGUGAGCCAUUCAGAAGUUAUUUUAGUCAUGGAAUGAUCUCCAGCCAUAUAACUGAAAACAGCCCCAGUCGGCAGCCAUUUGUUCUCUUUGGUAAUCACUCCACACGAGAAAACCUGAAUGCUGGCAACUUCAACUUCCCUUCUGAAGGACACCUAGUACGCAGCACUGGUCCUGGUGGGAGCUUUGCCAAACACAUGGUGGCACAGUGUGUCUCACCAAAGGGACCUCUGGCAUGUUCAAGAACAUACUUUUUUGGAGCUACUCACAUUCCUUACUUGGGUGAUGAUGACAAGCUAACCAAGAAUGACAAGCUUCUCAGGAAAACUGAACAAAUUAGGCUCUUGUCCCAGAUAUAUGCUGCUGUUAUUGAGGCUGUUUUGGCUGGCAUUGCAUGUUACACUAAAACUUCCAGCCUAACAAAGGCCAAGGAAGAAGCAGAGCAGAUUCUGGGAUCUGGGUUAGAUUCCUUUGAGUUGAUUCAGUUUAAGGCAGCCCUCCGCUCCAAGACAGCUUUUCAUAUACAUGCUGUGAAUAACCAGGGAAGAAUUGUGCCUCUGGACAAUGAAGAUAGCUUAUUCUUUGUGAAAACGGCUUGUAUGACUGUCUAUGACAUUCCUGAUUUGCUGAGAGGAAGAGGGUGCUUAGGAUCUGUGGUCUUCUCAGAAUCAUUUUUGACAUCUCAGAUCUUGGUUAAAGAAAAGGAUGGCACUGUUGCCACAGAGACCAGCUACAUAGUCUUGACAGCCGCCAUACCCCGAUUCUGCUCCUGGCUGGUAGAAGAUGAUGAUGUAAAAUUGUCUGAGAAAACCCAACAAGCAAUGAGGGGUGAUGAGUGUUUCCUGGGAAGUUUUCUAACAGAAGGAGAGGGAGUAUAUCUUUAUUCUAGUAGUCUGCAGUCCUGGCCUGAGGAAGGGAAUAUACAUUUCUACUCUAAUGGUCUUCUGUUUUCUCACCGUCAUCAUGGAAAUAUCAUCAUUUCCAAGGAUCACAUGAAUUCCAUUUCCUUCUAUGAUGGGGAUUCCAUCAGUGUAGUGGCAGCCCUUUUCAUAGACUUCAAGAGCUCAUUACUUCUUCAUCUCCCAGUUCAGUUCCAUGGACCAAGCAGUUUUCUGAUGAUUGCCCUUUUCCCAAAAUCAAAAAUAUAUCAAGCAUUUUACUCAGAGGUCUUCUCCCCCUGGCAACAGCAGGAUAACUCAGGGCUUUCUUUAAAAGUGAUCCAGGAAGAUGGAUUAUCUGUGGAACAAAAGAGAUUGCACUCCAGUGCACAGAAGCUCUUCAUUGCGCUGAACCAUCCUGCUGGAGAGAAGUGGAGUUCUCAAAAGUUGCUCCCAGCAAAACUCCCAGAGCUGGACUGCUUUCUCCAGCAUUUUGCUGUCAGCAGCAUUAGUUGGGAACCUGUGAUGCGGACCCAUCUUCCAGUCCUGCUGCAGCAAGCUGAAGUCAGCCCUACUCACAGAGUAGAAAAUGACAAGGUAAUUAUCAGCAUUGUAACGGGUCUCCCAGGCUGUCAUGCUAGUGAACUCUGUGCUUUUCUGGUCACUCUGCAUAAGGAAUAUGGCAGGUGGAUGGUAUACCGCCAAAUUAUGGACAGCUCAGAAUGUUUCCAUGCUGCACACUUCCAGAAAUACCUUUCUAGUGCCCUGGAAGCCCAGCAGAACCGCUCUGCCCGCCAGUCAGCCUACAUUCAAAAGAAGACCAGGUUAUUGGUAGUCUUACAAGGCUACACAGAUGUUAUUGAUGUUGUCCAGGCUGUGCAGACACAUCCAGACCCAAAUGUCAAGUCUCUCUUCACUAUUGGUGCCAUCACGGUGUGUGUGGAGCCCCUGAGCUGCUACAUGGAACACAGAUUUCUCUUCCCUAAAUUUCUUGAUCAGUGCUCACAAGGUCUGGUUAACAAUGUGGUGUUCACCAGUCACACUAUGGAGCAAAGGCACCCUCUCCUUGUGCAGCUGCAGAGCCUUAUCAGGGCUGCCAACCCUACCGCAGCCUUCAUUCUUGCAGAAAAUGGGAUUGUUACCAGGAAUGAAGACAUUGAGCUGAUUCUCUCAGAAAAUAGUUUUUCAAGUCCUCAGAUGCUACGAUCUCGAUACUUAAUGUACCCUGGCUGGUAUGAAGGAAAAUUUGAUUCUGGAUCCGUCUUUCCACUAAUGGUUCAGAUCUGUGUAUGGUUUGGUCGACCCCUGGAGAAGACUCGCUUCGUAGCUAAGUGUAAAGCAAUUCAGUCCUCUAUCAAGCCAAGUCCCUUCUCUGGAAACAUCUACCACAUCCUUGGCAAAGUGAAGUUUUCAGACUCAGAAAGGACCAUGGAGGUCUGUUACAACACUCUAGCCAACUCCCUAAGUAUUGUGCCAGUUUUGGAGGGACCCACACCACCUCCUGACUCGAAAAACACAACUCAGGACAAAAGCGGGCAACAGGAGUGCUACCUUGUGUUCAUCGGCUGCUCCCUGAAAGAGGACAGCCUCAAGGACUGGCUUCGGCAGUCAGCUAAGCAGAAACCUCAGAGGAAAGCUCUGAAGACUCGGGGAAUGCUGACCCAGCAGGAAAUCAGGAACAUCCACGUGAAACGCCAUCUGGACCCCCUACCUGCAGGCUACUUCUACAAUGGCACCCAGUUUGUCAACUUCUUUGGUGACAAGACUGACUUUCACCCACUCAUGGACCAGUUCAUGAAUGACUACGUGGAAGAAGCCAACCGGGAAAUUGAGAAGUAUAACCGUGAACUAGAACAACAGGAAUACCAUGACCUCUUCGAACAGAAGCCCUAGAAGCUGGGCCUGAUGUCCACCCACAAUGGGUGAAUGAAUGGGGUGUCAAGCCCCAGCUCUCCCAGAGGCCUCUGGAGGGUCUUUCUCUGUCCUCGUUGGCCUGUGUGUGCUGGCUUGAGUACAUGUUGUCUUUGUUCUCUCCACAGCGCUGAACUCCAUCACCUGCACCAUUGCUGGGGGGUGGGGGUGGGAUCUUCAAAGAUGAGCAGUCAGGGCUGCCAGUAUGCCUCUGAUCUCUGAUAACAGUAUUUCCCUUGGUCUGUUGAGGCACCAUGGGAGAGUGUGGGCUAACCAUUUAGUUUGCACAGAGGAACUACUGGGACCUACCUACCCUGAGACCUAGGUAUCCAGAUACCCUGGCUAUCCAAAUGGUUACUAUGCCUAGUAGCCAGACACCAUCCCAAGAUGGCCCUCCUCCCUGAUGGUGCAUGUUGUCCCUGCAUCCUUCCAUUGAAGGAGCUGGCCUCUGCUGGCCCUGGGACCUGUCCAGCAGGUUUGCACAAGCCCUGCCCAAGCCCAACCUAUGGAGCCAGGAGCUCAGGUUGAGAAUCAUAGUACACUCUGAAUGAGAAGGAUUCCCUGAUAAGCAAGGUUGAAAGAAAGGAAUGAUGCUUUCCAGAAGUGUGUAGCUCUUGAGGUAAUGUUAACGACACUCCAUGGUUGGUUCUUGAGCUCUCUGAUAGCAUGGUUUGAUGUCCCAAGUUCAAAGACAAGAGCAAGCCCGCUGUCCAGGCUCCCAACAGUGCUUCCCCUUGCUGGCAAAAGGAGUGUCCUGUAUCCUGCCUGGGACCUGAUCACUCUUAAGGUGUCCAACUCCAACACCCAGUCUUCCUCCCAUCCAUACUAAGGAAGGACAGCUUUCAGCCAUUCACUUCAGGAAACGCAUGCCCCUAAACCUUGCUCUUGGCCCUGGAUUUCUUUGGCUCCUGUGUAUUGGGAGUUUCAGAGCUUCCAUACCCAAUCAGAAUUCCUUCCAGUGGUUUUGUUUCUAACUGGACCAUAAAACAGAGGGGAAAUAAAAAUUGUGUCCAGCUCAGCCUUUGAAAUUAAGUGUGCAGUGGUAGGGGAUCAGGCACUGAUAUUAGGUGAUAUCUCCUAGGACUUCAGCGCCUCAGUUGCUUGGAUUGUAAAUGUUUCCUGAACUUCACAUACUUCUUGCAUGCCUUAGGAAGAAGCACAUAGUUGAAACCAGCAUAGUUUUUUGGUAAUGUAGAGGGGUUUUGAAAAAGACCCCUGGUGCAGAGGAGAGCCAGGAUGGAGCACACAUGUCCAUAUGCCUGGUCACAGGGAGCCCUGCAUGCAAGUAGCAGAGCAAGGCUUUGUCAGUAAAAUAUGCUUGUAUUAGAAAAGAAAACAAUUUAUACUUGAAGCCAAAUGAACAAAGCUGCAAAUACCAUUAUAUCAGAAAUCUUGCAUUGAGAAAGCCUCCUGAAACUCAGGCCCAUGUGCUCUAGUCUUAGCUCCAAAAGUCUAGGAGCCUCUGACUUCUGGCUGGCCAGAGGCCAGGGUCCACAAAGACCUUGCCUCUGCUUCAGAAUCAGUAACAUAGAUCUUAAGUGCAAUUGAUUAAUAAGCAAUGAGUUACUGUAGCUUCCUUUAGCUCUACUGAGCUCUUUUUAAAAACUCGGAACAUGAGCAGCCUUAGAAAAGGGAAAAGGGGGUGGGGGUGGGGGUCGACAGGGGAAUCACAGGCCAUUUAAUUCUUUGACUGUGAAGUUGUUGAUGGAUGCUCUGGAUGUCAGAGCUCAAGCCAUUUCCUUGCUGCCCUGGCCUGGCAGUCUGGCUGCUGCACAAGAGUUUUUAAAGAGGGUUCAGAGUCCGCGGGACAGCGGGCCUUCCGGCCAUGUGGGGCUGUACUACAUGUCACACUUGGUUUCUGACCAUUGUCCCUAGAAAUGCUCUCUCACCAAUCUGCCCCUCAGUCCCCAUUCCUCUCCAGGUAGAGGGGAAAUGAUUACCUCAACUUGAAUAUGAAACUGUGAUUGAAAAAAAAGGGCAAAAUGUUAACAAGUAUCAAAGCCAAAAAGGCAAAAUGGGCUGAGGCCUCUACAGACGCUCCCCAGCCUGCUCGGGAGUGUGGAGGGGCACCCUGGUGAAAGGGCAUUCCUGGGCACCCUGCUGUGCUCCUGGUGAAGGGCACAGCACAGCACACUGUGAGCUCUUGGUGGAUCAUCAUGAACACUGUUCCCGAGAACCUGUUCUGAUCAUGGAGUUUUAAGACCCACUCUAUCCCUUUGGGUCAGGGAGUGAGGUCUUAGGCUAUCUCCAGAGGAAAAGCCGUGACACUGUGUUUUAGCUUCUGACCUCGGCAGUGGACACCAGGGACAGGCAGGGUCCUCCAGGGGCUGACGUGCUGCUGCCAGCUUCGUGUUAGCAGCUUCAGUUUCAUGUCACCAGAGUGAAUGUGAUAAUGGUGAACUCGCUGAAGUUAGGUGUUUUUUGUUUUAAUAUGGGGUUUUUUUUUUUUUGUUUUUUUUUUUUUUUUGAUUGGAAGGGAGGCCGUAGAAAUUGGAGAAAUUGGAGAUCACCCUAGCAAAGGGUCACUAGUGAGAAGUUGAAUUGGCCCCACAAGCCCUGGGGCCCUGAACAAAGGCCUGUACGCUGGCCUAAGCUGAGAUAAAUCACUCCUAAAUUGUUGGGAUUUUGGAGAAUUUUUGCACAGUAAUAAGCUCUGGGUUGCUCUUUGGGCUUCUCAAAAGGGAAAAGUUCAAUUCAAAGAUUGUAAGCUACUAAGUAUUCCAGCCAUGUGGCUGAGUAGUUGGAUAGUGUACCUCAAAAAGUAGGUGAGAAAUGGCUUCCUUGUUGCUCCAGGGGGUCAAAUACUAAUGAUAUGAGCUCACUUACCUGCCAAAAUUCACUUUUAUACUAGUUUUUCAGUGCUUUAAUAUUUGUAACUUAAAUUUUAAAACUCAUAUUUACAAACACUACUGUAACUUCAGUGAAACUGAAUUGUGUGAAUGAAGCUUUUUGCUUAUUAUAGUAUUUAUUACACUACUUAAUUCAGUGAAUAUAUAAAAGUAG